AUGGCUCCUGUGUUUCUGUGGGGAAGUAAUCUUCGUCAGAGGGUCGUAGAUGUCGUGCCAAUGUAUUUUUCUCUGGAAGGACUGACUGCAUUCCUCCUUCGGUCAUCCACUUGCCUCAACCCGCAACCUUACACCCACAGUCAUCCACCUGGCUUCUACCCUGAACCUUAUAUCCACAAUCAUCCAACUGGCCUCUACCAUAAACCUUACACCCUCAAUCAUCCACUUAGCCUCUACCCACAACCUUACACCCACAGUCAUCCACCUGGCCUCUACGCUAAACCUUACACCCACAAUCAUCCAUCUGGCCUCUACCCUAAACCUUACACCCACAGUCAUCCACAUGGCCUCUACCCUAAACCUUACACCCACAGUCACCCACCUGGCCUCUACACUAAACCUUACACCCACAGCCAUCCACCUGGCCUCUACCCUAAACCUUACACCCACAAUCAUCCACUUAGCCUCUACCCACAACCUUGCACCCAUUGUCAUCCACCUGGCCUCUACCCUAAACCUUACACCCACAGUCAUCCAUCUGGCCUCUACCCUAAACCUUACACCCACAGUCAUCCACUUGUCAUCCACCUGGCCUCUACCCUAAACCUUACACUCACCGUCAUCCACAUGGCCUCUACCCUAAACCUUACACCCACAAUAAUCCACCUGGCCUCUACCCUAAACUUUACACUAACAGUCAUCCACCUGGUCUCAACCCACAACUUUACACCCACAGUCAUCCACAUGGCCUCUACCCGCAACCUUGCACCCACAGUCAUCCACCUGGACUCUACCCCCAACCUUACACCCACUGUCAUCCACUUGGCCUCUACCCGCAAUCGUACACCCACAGUCAUCCACAUGGCACCUACUCUAAUCCUUACACUAACAGUCAUCCACCUGGUCUCAACCCACAACUUUACACCCACAGUCAUCCACAUGGCCUCUACCCGCAACCUUGAACCCACAAUCAUCCACUUGGCCUUUACCCUAAACCUUAUGCCCACAGUCAUCCACCUGGCACCUACUCUAAUCCUUACACCCACAGUCAUCCACUUGGCCUCUACCUGCAACCUUACACAAACAGUCAUCCACUUGGUCUCUACCCUAAACCUUACACCCAGAGUCAUCCACCUGGCCUCUACCCACAACCUUACACCCACAAUCAUCCACCUGGCCUCUACCCUAAACCUUACACCCACAGUCAUCCACUUGGCCUUUACAUACAACCUUACACCCACAGUCAUGCACCAAGUCCUCUACCCGCAACCUUACUCCCACCGUCAUCCACUUGGCCACUACCAACAAACUUACACCCACAGUCAUCCACUUAGCCUCUACCCACAACCUUGCACCCACAGUCAUCCACCUGGGCUCUACCCUAAACAUUACACCCACAGUCAUCCACCUGGCCUCUACCCUAAACCUUACACCCACAAUCAUCCACUUGGCCUCUACCCACAACCUUACACCCUCAAUCAUCCACUUAGCCUCAACCCACAACCUUGA